AUGUGGUGUCUCUUAUUUCCACUGCUUUUUGGGUUUGUGAUGCUCGGCGGAAGAAGUUCCUAUCAUGGACCAGACACUAUAGCAGCAGAUCAAAAGCAAUUUAUUUUUGCUAACAAGGUCAUAUUUGGUAUUGAGGUUUCGCAACUUUGGUACCCAUUGAUGAAGACAUAUUCCGGUAUUAUGUUACUUUUGCCCGGAUGGAUAUGUGGAUUUAAUGUCUGUGUCGAUGUUUCAAUUUCCGGCAUUGAGGUGUUGGAAAACCAUGUUCCGAAACCUUCAUACUUCCAUUCAUGGCGUGACGCACACAUCAACGAAAAUAUACCCCUUAUGGUAUCUAAAAGAGCCAAGAAGGCCAAAAGCGAAAUGUGGCCCAGAUCUUCCACGUCAGUCACCACAUUCAACGAUGAUAAGAAAAGGAUCAAGAUCAACAUGCAACAAUCCAUCUCUGCUCCUAUUGCCUGCGUGCUCGCCUGCCUUCAUCCAAAAGAAUGGAAACAGUGGAUUCUUGGAUUUUUGGUCUUUGGGUCCUGAGAAUGGGUGGUGAAGCCCUAGACAUCAGU